AUGGAUGCUGCCUCGCGCGACCGCUCUGAUCCCCGUAACCAAGCUCCCUCCGACUGUGAGUAGAAGCUAGCAAUAUUUGCUGAUGACCAUGCUCACACUGUUGUUGCAGCCACCGGACCUGAUAAGUCUUACAAUUCCAAUGGCGUUCUGGACAUACCUCGUCGUCGCUCACCAGGUAUGUCGCCUCUUUUUCAGCCAAAUUGCUUCCCAUUCGCUGGACUAACUGUUCCGAAGGGAACUCUCGACCGAACACUCAGCAACAAGUAGGCCGCGCGGCCGGCUCGCAAGCUGCCGCUCUCAGCGACGGCAACGACAGUGAAGGAGCGAAUGCAUCUGGCGAUUUCUGGAAUCCAUCGCUUCCGGGCGCGAAUGCAUUCGGGUACUCAGAUCCCGGACGAGAUUCUGGCGGAAUCAGCAGAUCGGACACUGUUGUUGUUCUUGGCCCUGUUGAACCAACCACGCCAGCUCCUCGUGCUCGUAACCGCCCUGUUCUGCACCAAUACCUGAACGGCACUGUCGGCAACAAUGCUGUAAACGAUGGUCGUUCGCCGUCUCGCAACACUGGUGCCGUCGCACAGCCUCGCUCCUCGGGUGACAACCCGCAGCGCCGGGGAGAAGCUCCGAUGUCAGCAGAAAUCAACAAUACUCUCUCCCGCGAGAGGCUGCGUCAGUAUCAACAAGCACUGCAUCGUUAUACCAGCAAUAGCGAAGACGACAGUCAGCAGUACGUCAACCAUGCUGGUUCGCGGCAGCGUCGCUCUGGUCCUUCAUAA